AUGGCCCCAUCAACGGUGAAGCAGUGGACGGUUACCGGUACCGACAAAGGCUUCGAUGGCCUCGAGUUUGGCGACGCACCGGUACCCAAGGUCGGUGAGAACGACGUGCUGGUCAAGAUUCAGGGAGCUUCGCUCAACUACCGUGACCUUAUCAUCCCCAAAGGCCUCUAUCCUUUCCCUCUCAACCCCCCCGUUGCAGCCUUGUCGGAUGGUGCGGGUGAGGUCGUCGAAGUUGGCGGCAGCGUCACCCGAUUCAAGCCCGGCGACAAGGUCGUAACACUUUUCAACCAGGGCCACCAGUUCGGUCCUGUCGAUAUCGCUGCCACUAAGACCGGCCUCGGCGGUGCCGUCAACGGCACACUGCGACAAUACGGCGUCUUCAACGAGACAGGUCUGUCUCUCGCCCCCGAGAACCUGAACCCUCUCGAGACGGCGACCCUCACCUGCGCGGGUCUCACGGCAUGGAAUGCGCUGUACGGCCUGAAGCCCGUCAUCCCCGGCAAUUGGGUCCUGGUUCAAGGCACGGGCGGAGUCAGUAUUUUCGCCCUACAGUUCGCCAAGGCUGCUGGAGCCAAGGUCAUCGCCACUAGCUCUUCGGCCGCCAAGUGCGAGACACUGAAGAAGUUGGGCGCCGACCACGUUCUCAACUAUAAGGAAGACCCGAAUUGGGGCACCACUGCCAAGAAGCUGACACCAGGUGGUGCUGGUGUGGAUCACAUCAUUGAAGUUGGUGGUGCCGGGACACUGGAGCAGAGUGUUGCGGCUAUUAAGUUCGAGGGUGUUAUCUCUAUCAUCGGCUUCCUAGGCGGUGUCAAGGCAAAGACGACCGCUAUCGAUGCAUUGACCAAUAUCUGUACAUUCCGGGGCGUCUACGUCGGAAGUCGACAGCAGCUGGAGGAUAUGGUUGCGUGCAUCGAGGCUAACAAUAUCCACCCAGUUCUUGACGAAAAAGUGUUCAGCCUAGAGGAAGCGAAGGAAGCGUAUCAGUAUAUGUGGGACCAGAAGCAUUUUGGCAAGGUCGCGAUCAAGGUGGAGUAG